AUGGGGUUUGGUGCAGGAGCUUCUCGCGCCGAUAGAAAAGCCAAGAGGCGCAAGCUCGAAAAUUCAAUCCCUGAUAUACCUGACGACCUCGAAACAGAGUCUAAUGAUGACAACGCUCUUUCGACGAAAAGAAAGAGAGCCUUAGACGAUAAUGAAAACGACGGCCAAGCUACCCCUAGGGAUGUUGACCAAGAGAUCGCAAAGACGAAUAAAGAAUCCAGCCACAAGUCUAAGAAAACCAAAACCGCUUCAGCCGAUACAUCUUCACUGCCUUUACAGAUUGGAGAGCCAUCCGAUAUAAAAGAGGCAGAAGUUUCUCUUAAGAAGUCGAAGAAAGAGAGGAAAGCGGAGAGGAAAGCUAGGGAGGCUGCUGCAGACACGAACCAAGAGGCAAAAACUGCUGCGAAACAAAAUGACCGGGAUUCCAAUUCCACUGGACGCUCUGAUCCAACUACUACCGAGAAAAAGCGUGUUAAGAGUAAAAAGCAAGCGGGUGUUCCUGGGACAAAUGCAGAAAGCAAGGCCUCAAGGUUCAUUGUGUUUAUUGGUGAGAUGCUUUCUACUGUAAAGAAUUUUACAACAUUGGGCUCAUAUAAGUUAUUAGGAAAUCUGCCAUUCACUGCUACAACAGCAACAAUCAAAAAUCAUUUUGCAGCUGUUAAACCUGCCUCAGUUCGCCAUCUUACAGAAAAGGACAAUCCUACCAAAUCAAGAGGCUGUGCCUUCCUUGAGUUUGAAGGUUAUGAUCGUAUGAAAACUUGUCUCAAGCAAUUCCACCAGUCCACGUUCAACGAUGGUAUCUCAGCACCAAGAAAAGUCAAUGUUGAGUUAACUGCUGGAGGUGGUGGUAAUACGAAAGACCGCCGCUCCAAAAUUAAAGGGAAAAAUGAGAAACUGAAUGAACAACGUGUAAGACAAGCACAAGAAGCCGACAAUUCCAAAGUUGACAAUCCCAAAGUCGGCAAGAAUAAAGCAGUCGAAGUACAACAUGUGUUGGCGGAGGAUAGUGGAAUACAUCCAAGUAGGAAAGCAAGAAUCGGUGGAUGA